AUGUCAAAUUCAUUUGAUCAAUCCUUCGAAAGAAGAGGCACUGAUCCAAGUGUUCCUCAUGCUACAACCGCCGCAAAUGAUUCCCUUGAAGAUCAAACACUUCUCUUACUUGCCCGUUUGACAGAAGGUGGACAAGAAGAUGAGGAUACUUGCAAGGAAUUGAACACUCUCACCAAAAUUCUCACUGAUGAUUCCACCGAAGAAACAAGAUCGAAGGAGCCACACAAGCCUCUUUUCCAAUUGAUCGAUCAAGAUAUCCUAGAAACUAUCUUGGGUUAUCUUGAUAUGAGACAGUCUCCUUCGGUCCGAGGUCACGCGACUUUGACCACUUCUGCAUACCUCAAAGCUUCAGAACAACAAGGAGUUGACUAUCUUUCUCAUUUCUUCUACGAUCGAGUUGGCAAAGGCACAUAUGACGAUCUGAUUCUUGCCUUCUCGGUUGCAGCAUCGAUAUUUCCCGUGGUUCCAGAUGUUAUUUCUUCAUUUUUCCUAAGUGAAGGGUUCAUUCCUAGCCUCGGUACCUUGAUGAAGAGGAAAUGGAAGAGUCGAAAGGUUGAACAAGCUGCCUUAGAGUUGCUUAGUGCUGCUUGUAUGAACACCCCUUGCCGAGAAGCCAUCCAGAAGCAUUGUACAAAAUGGCUCGAAGAGAUCGUCAAUAAUACUCCACCCAAAAUUUCUGAGAUCUCUACAUCACCUAUCGAUAGCAAUGCAGAAGAUGGCUCUAUACAACAGCGAAUACAUUCUGAGCAAGUUAGGAAUCUAGCAGCUGUUGUCUUAGCCAAGAUUCAGGCUAUCCCUUCAGCUUCGACUGCUGAAUCCGGGAAAGGAGAUAUCCCUGGAAGUACAACUAUUGAAGACCUUUCAGACAUGUUCAAAAACAUGCUUUCUACAGAUACAUCUCAGCAAAGUUCUAUUGAAGGUCUCGCUUAUGCUUCGCUGCAAUCAAAAGUUAAAGAGAAGUUGGCUUCAGAUAAAAAGUUUUUGGCCGAUCUUGUCAAAACUAUGAAGGAUGCUCCGCCCAAAUCACCGGCAACUUAUGGAGCUCUCUCUAUUCUGGCUUAUGCUAAUGCAUCAAAAUCCUCCCUCAAACCUGAUCCUCUCAACGACGAUGAUCAUGUUAAUAAAAGAUGUCAAAAUGUAUUCGACGCUGGUGUUAUACCCGUUCUUGUCACCCAUAGUCAACAUGGAUCAAUAGCAUCUCUCACACUUGUCACAUCCAUCAUUUUCUCACUUUCCAAGAUAACCAAGAUUCGAGGACAAAUGGCGCAACAGGGUGCAAUCAAGCUCUUAUUACACGCGGAUUCUGUCUUUCCCUCGGAUAAUAUCCCAGCUCGAAGAACCACAGCUCAUGCUCUUGCCCGUAUCCUGAUAUCCACCAAUCCACAACAUGUAUUUGGCGGCACCAAUCCUUUAUCACUUGUCUCAGCUAUUAAACCUCUUCUUCUUCUUCUGGAGGAUGACCCAACAGUUGAACACCGCGAUCUCCUACCUGUCUUCGAAGCUCUCCUGGCCUUAACAAAUCUCGCUUCUACAGAUGAUUCAGCUCGUAACCCUAUCAUUCGACUGGCUUGGUCUCAAAUUGAAGAAUUGCUUCUUUCCAAUAAUACUAUGGUAACUCGUGCAACAGUAGAGCUUAUCUGUAACCUCAUGCAAUCACCAGAAGGCGUUGCGAAAUUCGCAGACGGCAGUAAGCAAGCUUCACAGCGUACACAUAUCCUCUUGGCCUUAACGGAUGCCGAUGAUUUCGCUACCAGAAGAGCAGCAGGUGGAGCAUUAGCAAGUCUCACGGAAUGGGAUACUGCCGUAACAGCUAUCCUCGACAGAGAAAGAGGAGUCAAUCUUCUAUUAGCUCUGUGCACAGAAGAAGAAGAGGAAAUUAGACAUAGAGGUGCAGUUUGCAUUCUUAAUAUACUGACGGCACCGAAUAAAGCUGGGGAAAAGGGAAGGGAAAUGGUGAAGGAGAAUGCGGGAUUGGAAUGUCUGAAAGAAUGUUUGAAGAAGUCGAGGAGUCAGCAGGUUCUAGAAAUAACCGUGGAGGCGUUGAAGAAACUCAUAGGUGAUGGGGAAGAGGCGAAGCUGUUGGAGGGUUGA